AUGUCCGACUCAUACAGAAAAGAUUUCUCCGACAAAGCCGCUGAGACCGUCAAGCCAAACUCCCAAAAGUCCACUUUCGAGCAGGGCAAGGAAUUCGUCACCGACAAGGCCGACCAAGCCGCCGGUAAGGUGCAGCCAAACAGCGAGAAGGGUGUCUUCCAAGGCGCCACCGACUCGGCCCACGAGGGUAAGAACGAUGCCACCGGCAAGAGCGUUUCUGAAACCGCCGGCGAGUACGUUGACGCUGCCAAGUCGCGUUUGAAUGACGCUGCUGAGUACGUUAGCAAGUCCAUCCACGGUGGCGAGGAGAAAUAA